UUUUGUUUUUUGCUAUGCUGGAGGACCGAGGCUGGAUCCGGGCCUGGGGGCGGCUGGAAGGGAAGAAGUUCUUUGUGGAGGAAGAUAACAUACUGUAGAGUUUUCAGUGGUGCAGCAGCAACUCUUGAGCUAUGGAGAAAAAAACUCCCACAGGUCACAAAUCAGGAGAAGUAUUGGAGGGGCGAGGAAUACCCCCUCAUGUCCUCCAGGCUGGGAGCAUUGGGCAGAUCCUGCAAAGAAGACUAAGAGAUUCGGUGAAUCAGCCCACGGGGGAAGGACCCCUUCCCCUCGAGCAGUGGGAAGCUCAGUGGCAGGAAUUCCUCAGGACAUUGAAGUCCUCUCACUGUGGAUGGGGAAUCCGACACUUGCCAGAGAAACCUUCCCCCUGGGAGGAUGCCAAGGCCUUCCUGGCCUCCUUUGAGCAAGUGGCCGAAGCCUGUCAGUGGCCCCAGGAAGAGUGGGUGAACCAGCUCCUGCCAGCCCUCAGUGGAGAAGCUGCAAAGGCCUUUAACAGUCUGGAUGCCAGAGACAGAGAGGAUUAUGGGAAGGUGAAGGCAGCCAUCUUGCGAGGGGAUGCCCUGAGCCGGGAAAAGCAGCGUCAGCAGUUCAGGUGCUUCUGUUACCAGGAGGCUGAGGGGCCCCGGGGGGCUUACAGCCGACUGCGGGAAAUGUGCCGUGGGUGGCUGAGAGUGGAGAAUCACAGCAAGGAGCAAAUCCUGGAGCUCUUGAUCCUGGAACAACUGCUGAGCAUCCUCCCCCAGGAGAUCCAGAGCCGGGUGAGGGAAAGAGGCCCUGAAAGCUGCUCCCAGGCUGUGGCCGUGGCCGAGGAGUUCCUCUUGAGGCAGAAGAAGAAGGUACCGUUGGAGGAAGCUGCCAGACGGGCUUCUGAGGCAGGUGAGGCUCUACUUGAGAGCGGGCAGAGGCAUCCCUUCAUGGGCAUCAAAGAAGAGGAAGAUGGAGAGGCCAGCUCACUGGCAGGACACACAGAGGAGAGCACUGGAAAAUUACAGGGGUCAUCAUCAGAAAGCACUAAGGAGGAAGACUCUGGUGAAAACAUUAGGGAUUCAGAUGGAACCAGGAGGAAAGAGGGAAAUGACAUGGAUGAGAAGAAGGAGAAAUCCAUGCCUUUCCUAGGAGGAGGCUGCUGUGAGAUCCCAGACCAAGAUGAAAGGCCAGUGAAAGACAGAAGGAAGGAAGACCUCCGUUCUAACCAGAGAAUCCACUGCAAGGAAAAAGAAAUUGAAAGUGUGGGUGUCAAAAAGCCUUGUAUUCGGAACAUGAACACUGUUUCACAGGAACAAAUUCAGUCAGGAAAGAAACCAUAUAACUGCAUGGAGUGUGGAAAGAGCUUCAGUCGUCAAACAACCCUUACUUCACAUCAAAGAAUUCACACAGCAGGUGAUCAGGAAAAUGAGGAAGAUGAGGAACUGUUUGGGUUACCAUUGGACAAAACCAGGAAUCAACAGGUGAAAGGAAACUUCAGGAAUCUAGAGGGAAGGGAUCUCCGUGAAUUGAUUCAUACAGCUGAAGAAACAUGCAAAUGCUUGGAGUGUGGAAUGGACUUCUCAGAUCCAACACAAUAUAAUACCCAUUUGCGAAUGCACAGUGUAAAGAACAUUCCUAAACGUUUGGAGUGUGGGAAGAGCUUCAGCUGUAAACCACAGAUUCUUAGACAUCAAAGGAUUCACACAGCAGGCAAAGUGUAUAGCUGCUCACCCUGUGGCAAAGGCUUUUCACACAAAGCAAGCCUUAUUCACCACCAAAGAAUUCAUUCAGAAGAGAAGCCAUUGAUCUGUGCAGGGAGUGGAAAGAGUUUCUCUGAUGGAAAAAAGGAUAAUUUACAUUUUCCAAAGCAUAAGAAGGCAUAUAAAUGUUUUCAAUGUGGAAAGUAUUUCAGAUACAAAUCUCAGCUCCUUGUUCACCAAAGAAUCCACACAGGGGAGAAACCUUUUGAAUGCUCGGAAUGUGGAAAGAAAUUCAGCCAGAGUGGCAAUCUUCAGCAGCAUCAAAGAACUCACAUAGGGGAGAAAGCUUUUGAAUGCUCAGAGUGUGGAAAGAAAUUUAGUAUUAGUUUGCAUCUUCAACAGCAUCAAAGAACCCACACAGGGGAGAAGCGUUUUGAAUGCUCAGAGUGUGGAAAGAAAUUCAGUAGGAAUUUGCACCUUGAACAGCAUCAAAGAACUCACACAGGGGAGAAACCUUUUGAGUGCGCAGAGUGUGGAAAGACAUUCAAUUGGAGUAGCAAUCUUCAGCGGCAUCAGAGAAUUCACACAGGGGAGAAACCUUUUGAAUGCUCAGCAUGUGGAAAGAAAUUCAGUCAAAGUUGCCAUCUUCAACAGCAUCUAAUUACUCAUACAGGAGAGAAACCUUUUGAAUGCUCAGAGUGUGGAAAGAGCUUCAACUGGAGGGUCGACCUUCAACGGCAUCAAAGAAUUCACACAGGUGAGAAACCUUUUGAAUGCUCAGAGUGCGGGAAGAAAUUCAGUAGGAGUUGCCAUCUUCAACGACAUGAAAGAAUUCAUACAGGGGAGAAACCUUUUGAAUGCUCAGAGUGUGGAAGGAGAUUCAAGUGCAAUGGCAACCUUCAACGGCAUGAAAGAACCCAUAUGUGGAGAAACUGCAUAGCUGCUAUGCGUGUGACAAAAACUCAUCUUGUAUCUGAUGCAUUAGCAGCAACUCUAGAAUCCACACAGAAGUGAAACUAAGAGCUUGCAUCUGCUCAGAAGCCUUACCGUAGCUAUAGAAACAAACAAAAUUCAAAUGUGGGGGGGACAAACAGUAUAAAUGUUUGAAUUGUGCAAAGAGCUUCAGCCAUGACUGAAGCCUCAAACAGAUCUCAAAAGGGAAAAAGUAAAUAUGUUCUCUAAAGGUGGAAGAAGAUUCAAGACCAGUUCUGCUCUCCUUAAGCACUGAGGAAGCCACACAGGGGAGAAACAGGGUUUAGCAAGAGCUUGAGGCCAAGAUCAUGUCUUCAGGUUCCUCAGUGAAUCAACGUAAAAAUUAAACUUUCUACAUAGUUGGUUCCGAAGAGGCUCCUUUUUGGUUGCCCAGGUGUCAUGGGUUCAGGCUGCUGUGAGCUUUUCAGUGUCUCACACUGGGAUUAAUUCAGAUUCAAAGGAAAACUCAGUAACUGCGGAGUAGCCCUGAACAAUACCCAGCAUCCUAGAACUGGGUGGGGGUCCUUGGAUUUUGAAAGUGAAUGCACUGAAAUACAGAUUCCCCCUUGAUUCUUGCAAAACAGCAUCAGGUGGGAUCUAUGUUUUGUGGGGGGGUUUUACAAACCGUUGAUUACAAAACGUUUAAAAUGAUUGUCUGGUACAAGUGUGUUAGAUGUUUGUAAAAACUCUGUAAAAUUGUAGAAAUUCUUGCCUGAGCCAGGCAGCUUCUGCUGCAUCUCAUCUCCGUGUAUUGAGUUCAACAGUUUUAGCACUGGGAUACAGCUGUGUGCAUCUGGGUUCAAAUUCACACUUGGCCAUUCACUUUCUGAACCUAACAUACAUCAUUGGAUUGCCGUGAAAAACAAAUAAUUUGCCUCUGGGAUGAGACCCUUCUCGCAUGAAAUGUGAAAUGGAUUGUUAAGUAUGGAAAUCUCUGGACUCUGCAUCUACAUGGUAGGUUUUGGAUUGGUUGGGUCUCAAAUAUUAACUUUUUUGGUUGGUAUGGUAACACCAAAGCUAUACUUUUAGUGUUUGUUUUGUUGAGGAGAAAGUGUACAAAUGAGAUACUACAUGUAGAGAGUAACAUGAGAUGGAGGUGGCAUCCCCAGUCAUACUCAGCAAUGUCUUCCAGACUCACUCGGCCAACCCAGAAGUGGAAAUAAGUGGUCAAAGGGAACCAAGGAGAAAAAGAACAAAGCAGGAGUCCAGUAGCACCUUUAAGACCAACAAACUUAUUUAUUUAUUUAUUAGACUUAUAUCCCACCCUCCCCGCCGAAGCAGGCUCAGGGUGGGGUAAGCUUUCGUGGUUAUGCACACUUCUUCAGACAAGGGAUGAGGUACAGUAACCUCAUUCCUUGUCUGAAGAAGUGUGCAUGCACACGAAAGCUUACAUUCUGAAUAAAAGUUUGUUGGUCUUAAAGGUGCUACUGGACUCCUGCUUCAGACCAACAUGGCUACCCACCUGGAUCUAUCUGCAAGGAGAAAGAGGGGGCGUGGAGCAGGAAAGAAAGGAGAAGAGGGAAGUCAGCAGAAGGGGAUGACCUGACCGGUGCCAUCUUCUUGUGGUUUGAGAAGGUCAGUGCCAAGGGUCCAGGUCAGGACUACUGAGAAGAAUGAUAGAAGAGGGAAUAAAAGUUUCAUUGUUAGUGGUUUCCUUGACUUUGAAGACUGACCCUCCCCCCCCCAAAAAAAUUUGGGGGGUGGGUGGGUUCUAAUGCUAUAGAUUUAGACUUAUUUUUCAGCCUUCUGGUUUUUAUAUUUUCAUGACCGUACUUUCUCAUUAUUGCUACCGUAACACCUAAUUCUAAAGUCUUCAUUGUUCAUCUUUUCCCUUAAAAGCUGCAACAAAAAUUGUGUAGUGUAAAUGCAGGAUAACAUUGGAUGCCAUCGCAACAAAAAGCUUACCUCUUGUCUCUCCCGUAAAUAAGCAUUGUACUUCUACUGAGAUUCACAAAGAGGCACUUACAAUAAAUGACUGAUAAAAA